AUGAAACUCUCCGAAUUAUUAAAUCCUUACUCAAAAAAUAAAAGAUGCUAUUGCUUUGAAAUUUUGGAACAUUUGAAAUAUGCUAAGAAGUUCAAUAAGCCAAACAGAUUUUCAUAUAGAAAUCAUCUGCCGAAUCACACCAUAAUCACGAGUAUUACUUUGAAAUCGAAGAAACCCUUUAUCGACUCCCAUUGCCAUCUGGAUUUUCUUUUUCAAAGACAAAAGUUUUCUGGAACAUAUGCCGAAUAUCAAACCAAACAUAAAAAAACUUUUCCUCUGAACUAUCAAGGUUGUAUUGCCGUCUUUUGCAAGCCUUCAACAUUUUCUGAAAAAUCUGAAUGGCAGAAAUAUCUGGAAGAGGAAAACGUUUGGGGUGCUUUUGGCUGCCAUCCUCAUAAUGCUGCAGAUUAUAAUGACAGUGUAGAGGAAGCUCUCAAACUCGCUCUUUCGCAUCCGAAAGUACGAGCUUUAGGAGAAAUAGGCCUCGAUUAUUCGGAAAGAAAUAAAUGCCGUAAAGAAGUUCAGCAUGAAGUUUUUAGGCGCCAGUUGAAGAUUGCUUAUGAGAACCGUCAAAGUUUGAUAAUUCACUGUAGAGAUGCCAAUGAAGAUUGCAUGAAGAUUUUACAAGAACUUCUUCCAGAAGAUUAUACUUUUCAUUUGCAUUGCUUUACUGAGAACUGGAAGUGGGCACAAAAAUGGCUGGAAGCCUUCCCUAAUGUGUAUAUAGGAAUAACUAAUCUUGUCACCUAUGGCUCAGCGAAACCAACCCAUGAAGUUGCUAAAAGUAUCCCAUUGAAUCAUCUACUUCUAGAAACAGAUGCCCCUUAUUUCCUCCCUAGAAAGAUUUCUAAAAAAAUUAAAUGGUCUCAUCCUGGCAUGGCUAUUUAUGUAGCUGCUCAGAUUGCUGCUCUUAGGAAUAUAACACUGGAAGAAGUUCUUGAUUGGACUUAUAAAAACACUCGAAAAAUGUAUAAAAUAUAA